AUGGCCUCGCAGCCUGAGUCGUCCCGGGUUCACCCCCGACGCCGUCAAAUGACUACCGUUCCUCCUUCGUUCGCUUCCUCUUCGCGUAUGGUCCAGGAUGGAUCCUCUCGACCCAGCUUGUCUCUGAGAAAGGGCGAAACGUUCCAUUCCCCCACCACUCCGCCAUCUGGGGAUCGUGAUCCGGUCGUAUCUUUUCGCACCCUGCCUACUCGCUCUCCUACUUGUCCCAAGUCUUUGGAAGCUAUCGUUGCGGGAGAGGAACGCAUGUCUGAUAUCCUGAACCGUAUUGACCUCAAUUCCACCAGCAGCUCCAACGCCAUGCCUCGACCCCACGACGACAUGCCCGUGCCACGAAGUUUCCUCCAGCGACAAACCUCAUCCAAUGCCGUCGUGAGAAAGGCCGACAAACAUCCCAUGAUGGACGGUCCACAACGCUUCUCUCAAGCCAAGAUCCGUCAUGAUCACGCUUCUGACAGCGGAUUGGGUAGUUCCAUUAGUAGCAGCCAAGGCAUGAUGUCUGACACGGGUAAAGUGGCAGCAGGACAGUUGUCGGUCCAGGGCUCUGAAUCGAGCGCCCCGAAUACUCAGUCAGCCAUCACUAGCUCAAUCUCUGCCUUGCAAUCCAAUCCAUCGGGAAAGCGCUCGUUGUCUGCCCUUGCUUGCAAGCAGGUCGAAGCUUUGGUGAUGAUUCCGAUUCUCAAGGAAGAGCGCUUGAAGCCGUUCCAUCCCCUUGUGGAAAGCAUCCCUCAGCUGGUUGAGGAUAAAGAAAUUGCCUGUCUGCGUGAUAUUGAAAAGACCCUUCUGUGGUUGGCACCACAACGUGCGACUUCCGGGGCGUCCUAUUUCCGUUUCUGCGAAUUUACGAUUCAGUGUCUCCAUACGUCACUGUAUCACAUCAACGAAUUGGACCAACGACUGCCGUCGGACAGGCCUUACACUAACGGCUACUUCCUCGAUCUCAUCGAACAGGUCCGCCGACACGCCGCGAUGAUGCAUGAAUCUAGGAACAAGAACCGGGCAGCCGGGAAGGGUCGCCUCGCCUUGGAGGGCGGGAUUGCCAAGACUGGACGCCCAGCUGAACUCAUCGCCUACAAGGAAGGCCAGGCCAUCUCCAUGAAAACCGGGCAGGCGUACGACGGCUCUACUCUCAAGCGAAACUUGAGCGUCAGCUCGGCUGAUGAGGGUGUCGUGCGCUCCAUGGCUCGCCGCAAGAAAAACGCCCCUCCGAUGGACAUCAACCAAAAGUGUUCAAACUGCGAAAAAGUCUUCAAGAGACCAUGCGACUUGACUAAACACGAGAAGACACACUCUCGUCCUUGGAAGUGCACCGACAAGACUUGCAAGUACUACGAGAUUGGAUGGCCCACCGAAAAGGAGAGGGACCGCCACAUCAAUGACAAGCACUCCAAGUCACCAUCUGUUUAUUACUGUCUCUUCAACCCAUGCCCCUACCAGUCCAAGCGGGAGAGCAAUUGCAAACAACACAUGGAGAAAACCCACGGAUGGGCUUAUGUCCGAUCCAAGCACAAUGGCAAAGGCCUUCCAAAAACGACCGCUCUGGCAACGCCUCAGUCGUCCAGCAUGGCAACCCCGGCCUCUGCAUCAGCUACACUCUCGACUCCGGCCACGGGAUCCAUUCAGUCACCUCACGAAUCUGUCACUGGACCGGCCUACUCGAAUCCUCAAUUUUCAUUUGCGAAUCCUCCCGCGCAGACUGGAACCGGAGACUUCCAGCUAUUCCCCGAAGCCAGUCCAUACCGGGCUUCCUCGUCCUCUGCCAGUGUGUACACUGGUGGUGCCAGUGAAUUCGAUCCGUUCCCGACUGGCACGGCGGGGCUUGACGCAUUCCAAUCUCAACUUGAAAAUGCCGACCCCAAUGGUUUGAUUCCGCCCAACAUGGCGAACAUGUCUCUUGAUGUAGCAGUCCCCGACUUCGCGGGCGCAGCGAUGGGGUUUGUUGAAUCUCCGAUGACUUCGACCGACAGCAGUAGCCUCGACUUGGAAUGGAGCAAUAUGGGGGCGCAGAACUUCAACAAUGAACUUGCCACGACGAAUAUGCAGAUGAUGACCUCGCAACCGGUUGGCGGCAAUGCCAUGCAGUCGUACUCGGAGGACCCAUACAUGGCAGACCCUCUGGCCUACACCCAGUUUAGCCAGCAGUUCGAUGAGGGCUUUGCCGACCUGUGUGAACGAAACUACCAAACCAGCAAGUUUGACAAUGAUAUCCCGUUAUUUCAGAACCCCACAUACCCCAGCGAGCCUAUGAACAACGCCCUUGCGGGGAUGGGCGAUCCAAACGCGAUGUUCCCGACUGGUCAGCCGCAAGAGCAGGCGGGGUACUAUCACCAGGCGUGGCCCGCUGAGGUGGACAUUAGCAUCUACUAA